AUGAAUAUGAAUCUACAUUCCGGCUACUGCAACACCGAGGGCAAGAAGAACCACGGCCAGCUUUCGCGCGGAGUCGUGCAGCGGAGUACAAGAGUUCAGGAAGGCAACGAAGCACGACAGAUAAAAAUGCCGAUAAAAAGCUGCGCUAUUACAGCUGCUACACGGACGUCGAGCAGAGGGCAACUACAUGCUGAGGAAUUGAAGACUCGCGUGUGAUUAGAUUGAAAGUGAGUUGCUAGGUUGUGUUAGAAGAUUUAUUCGUGAGUAGUUUUUGUGGUUGUAUUCAUCUCGUUGGAUCGAGUUUUAUUCCAACAGUGAUUAUAACUACAUCAUCCUGUUUACUACUACUGGGGUCAGCGUCUUCAGCGAGGACCAAUCAGUGUAUAAUUUGGACGAAACUGCUCGUGAAUUUAUCUUCAGCAAAAUACGUAGUACUUACUUUUCAACGAAAAUCGCCAGAAUUUGAAUCGAUAUCGAAUACUACAACCGUGG